ACUAACUUUCAGUUGUGCAGUCUAAGAAACCAACAAUGAGGAAACCAGCUGUCUAAAUCCAAAGGUAAAACUACCUGAAGAUGAACACCUAGAGCGGGGAUCCAGCUAAGACUAGAAGGGUAUCACAGAAGACUUUGGGGACAGGCCUGCUGGGCUUAUCUGUGAUCUCAGCCCUGGAAUGUGUGAGCGCUAGAGGCCAGCCUAGGCUACAUAGUGAGACUGUCUUCAAACAAAACAAGUGAGCAAAUGAAAAGGAAGGAGGACUGCACAGGACUGGAGUUUGAUUUCCAGCACCCACAUGAUGGUCCUCAACCAUCUUAACUCUAUUUCUACACAACCUCUUCUGACUUCUGCAGGUACCAGGCAUGCACAUGGCACAAUUACAUACAGGCAGGCAAAGCAGUCAUAUGUGUAAAAUUAAAAAAUAAAAAUAAACAGCGAGAGAGAUGGCUGAGUGGUUAAGAUUGUAUAUAGCUCUUACAGAAGACCUCAGUUGAGUUCUCCGCACCCACAACAGGUGGCUGAGAGCAGCCCAUGACUCCAGCUUUAGAUGCCAGAACCUCCGGCCUCCUCUGGCACCUGCACUCUUAUAUAGAUACCCAUACGCGUACACAUAAAAUAUUUUUUUUUCCUCAAGACAGAAUUUUUCUAUGUUGACAGCCUUGGGUCUCCUGGAACAAGCACUGAAGACCAGGCCGGCCUUAAACUCACAGAAACUUGCUUGUCCCUGCUUCCCAAAUGUUGGGGUUGAAGGCAUGUACCGCUAUAACCUAUUAAGAAUAAAAUAAAUCUUUUUUUAAAAAUUAGAACAAAAAGUAGUCUCUCACCUAAGAGCUGGAAGAAGGUGUAGUUUUUCUGAACGAUACCCAGUGUUGGAUGUUGGCUGUCUCAAGAGCUCUGAUGGGUUAUCACCCUAGGGAGUGUCCUUGGUGAAAGAUGGGGUCUAUAGCUGUUCUGGGCUGGUGGUUUGUACCUGGAAGUAACAACUGGACCCCAGUGACAGAUACCUUAGGCCUCUGAGUCAGGGCUUGUGAGAAGAGGGUUCUUAACCACAUCUUUGUCCUGUGUAGUUUUUAUCUGAUAGGGACCCUAGGUAAAUAGAAAAGCCUUGCAGUGCUGCCCAAGAAUCCAAGAUCAUUCCUAGGGAAUUCCAGUGGCCUUUGCCUGGGUGGGACCUCAGCUGGAGGCCUGGGGAAGUCACUCUUGGGUUUGGAAAGCAGAAUGACCGGUUCUGGGGAGUUUGGGAGUAGGAGGUCCUUCGUGGUUCUGCCUUGGUUCCGGGCCUUUCCCCAAGCCCCUCUUUGGAGACCGGGGCCACCUAGGGCAUGGGAGGAGGGGCAGCCCAAGCUGCAUUUCCACUUGGAAGCCCUCUUUAUUUGGCCUGGGACAGAGAAAGACUGGGGUCAGAGUGCACACAUCUCCAUGGAAACAGCAAUGAGCCUGGCCCCUAGGGGACCCUAGGCAUAGUAGGGGGUCUCAGGUUUUUUUUUUUUUUUUUUUUUUUUUUUUUUUUUUUUUUUUUUUUUUUUUUGACGAAGGGGCCUGGGCCUAUCUUUGGCAGCAGCUUUUACAAAGUUCCAUGAGGCCUGGAGAAGCAGGCAGACAAGUGGACACAUGGAGCAGCAGAAGAGCAGACUGAGCUUUUUCAGGACUCCAGGCUCCAGGCAGGAAAAUACAGCUCGAAUGUGGAGUCUUUAGAGAAGGGACAAGCCUUGGAGAGACCAAAGAGAAGUUAGCUGUGCUGUUGCUGUUCCACUCAGGGUCCACCUGGGAUUUGAGUCCCGCCAAAUUCUCUCCAAGAGAGUAUCUCCUCUGAUAGUCUCAGAACUCCGAGACUGCCAGAGCAUCUAAACAGUGACCUAUAGACUGAAAAUCUUGACUUGGAUGGUCUGGGAGCCUGCUGUGAGAAGUAUGCAAACCUUAGUGGAUGAAUUGCUUUCUCCUCAGGAUUCUACCUAUGGAGUCCCAUCCAGGCCCCUUUUCUGCCUGGGAGUACUAGAACAUAAUAGUCAGGAGCCCCUGGGUGAGGUUGUGUACGGAAGUGGGCUUAUGAAAGCUCAGAGAGAACAGGAAGAGAACAGCGCCAAAUACCAUCCAGGAAAAUUCAAAUACACGCUCCUUACAGAACUGCAGGGUUUUCUGGAAAACAGAUCUGGCAUUAAGUAAGCUACAUGGUAUCUCACACAUGCUGCAGGGAUCUGAAAGGUGCUGGGGAGGGAAUAAGGCAGUGGGCCUAGUGAGACAGAGAGGAGACUUAUUCCCGACUGUGAGAGGAGUUUGUUCCAGGAGCACGUGGUAAGCACUGGCUAAGCAUCUCAGUGUAACACACAUCCUGCCUGACUCACCAUAGUGUGUGGAUGGAAAGUAUUCUGGAGCCAGUGUGCCUUCGGCUGGCCCGAUAGUAUCAAGCAGUUGAGUCUGCUCCAGCUCAUCUCUGCAAUCCUGCCCCCAGGCCUUUCCUGGACUUAAGAGUCUCAGGGUUUCAGGCCUUCAUGGACAAUGCCUGGGCUUGAAGGUUUUUUUUUUUUUUUUUUCUCACCCCUUUCGAUCCAAAGCACUAGACUAGGAACAUUCCGAGGAAUAGGGGUAGAGGUCUGUGGGCUGUGAAAAGCUAAGUGUCCUUAGUAAUACAGCAAAGGGAUGGGGCUGAGUCCUAGGUCAGCACCCAGAGUUGGAGUCUGGACACCACUGAACCUGACAACAGUAAGCAGUGGCAGGCACAGCGCUGACAGCAGGGAGCAGUGGGCAACAAGCAGUCAGUGGUCCGAAAGGGAGCCUGCCUCAGUCCUAUGCUCCGAUGCUUCUGGGGGCUGUCCUCAGGGGGCUGAGAACACUCUGUGGCUGGCUUAAUCUAGAAAACUCCAGGAGAUAAAGCCCAGAUUUCUGGCCUCCUGAAAGGUUAGAGACUUAACUCAUAAAGAGCAACUGGGACCUCCCAGGACCACCGCCCUUCUCCCGUCUCUAAUCACACUUCUCCGACUCUGCGCCACGCGCACGCGCUUUCGCAAAGCACGCAAGCUACCCCCGACUCGCUGGGGCUGCGUUCUGAUCCGCCCGCCGUAGCAGCUAGCGCAUCUCCGGAGACUCUGCCUCCCGAUGCCUUCCCAGGACACCAAGCGGUUCAUCUUUGACAAGUGAUUCUCCUGGGCUGUUGACAGCCCGCCCGACCGGGCGUCUCAGAACCUGGAGCGCCCAGCGAACGCUACCAGUGACGCGCGCCCCGCCCGCAGACGACUCCAAGCCGCCGUGUCCAGCUGUCCACGCAGGGAGGCGAGCAGGCUCCGGCGCGCCACGAGCUGCUCCCGCCAGCCGCUGGAGCUCGAGGCCGGGACGCUGGGCGGGGCCGCGGCCUCCCGCGCUCUUCUUCUGCCCGAGGCCGUGUGCCCGCGUCCGCGCCCACGCCGGGCUCCGGGGCCGCGCGCGGCGAUUGGGCGGCGGGCGUGACGUCACCGCGCCGUGGCUCGCCGUGGUUGCGGAGCUGGCCGCCGCCCGCGCGCCGCUCGAGCAGCGGGAGCGGGAGCGGGAGGCGAGCGGAGCGGGCGCGCGCCGAGCUCCCCAACACCCGCGCUCGGGAUCGCUGCCUACCACGCGCGCCCUGUCGCCCGCCGCCUGCCGCUCUCCGCGCGCGGCCCCGGCGCGGAUUUGAAAAGCCCGGUCCGCGGGCGACUUGAGGCGGCAGCCAAUCAGCAAAGCGCACUUUUCCCGCGGCUUCUGGGGGCGGCGGCGGCCCCGGCGGCUGCGGCGGCGGGCGGGAGGCGCGGGGGCGGGGUCGGCGCCGCGCGCGGAGAGCCUCGGCCUGGCCGCGCUGCGCCCGCCGCUGCCGCCGCCGCCGCCCCCUCCUGCCUCCCUGCCCUCCGCGGCCUCGCGUCCGCUGUCGCCGCCGCUGCCGUCGCCGGACAGCCGCUGCCGGACAGCAGCCGGAGGAUGCGUUGCAGCCUCAGGACGUGGUUUGACAUUGACGACGAAACGGUAUGAAAUCGGAUGGUCUGACGGGAAUCAUUUUCAGUGUUCUAAGAACCAAAGGAUCUAGGCUGGAUGGAAUUUAGCAUCAGAAAAAGUCCUCUUUCUGUUCAGAAAGUUGUAAAGUGCAUGAAGAUGAAGCAGACACCAGAAAUCCUUGGCAGUGCAAAUGGAAAGACUCAGAACUGUGAAGUGAAUCAUGAAUGUUCUGUAUUCCUCAGCAAAGCUCAACUUUCUAACAGCCUACAGGAGGGGGUCAUGCAGAAAUUUAAUGGCCAUGAUGCGCUCCCCUUUCUUCCAGCAGAGAAGUUGAAAGAUCUUACUUCUUGUGUUUUUAAUGGAGAACCUGGUGCUCAUGAUACUAAAUUGUGUUUUGAGGCCCAGGAAGUAAAAGGAAUUGGGACACCACCCAAUACUACACCUAUCAAAAAUGGCUCUCCAGAAAUUAAACUGAAAAUCACCAAAACAUACAUGAAUGGGAAACCUCUCUUUGAAUCUUCAAUUUGUGGUGACGGUGCUGCUGAUGUGUCUCAGUCAGAAGAAAACGAACAAAAAUCUGAUAAUAAGACUAGGAGGAACAGGAAGAGGAGCAUAAAAUAUGACUCUUUACUGGAGCAGGGCCUUGUGGAAGCAGCUUUAGUGUCCAAGAUCUCAAGUCCUGCAGAUAAAAAGAUUCCAGUUAAGAAGGAGUCCUGUCCAAAUACUGGCAGAGACAGAGACCUCUUGUUAAAAUACAACGUUGGUGAUUUGGUGUGGUCCAAAGUGUCAGGUUACCCUUGGUGGCCUUGCAUGGUUUCUGCUGACCCACUCCUUCACAAUCAUACCAAACUUAAAGGUCAGAAAAAAAGUGCACGCCAGUAUCAUGUACAGUUCUUUGGUGAUGCCCCAGAAAGAGCUUGGAUAUUUGAGAAGAGCCUUGUUGCUUUUGAAGGAGAAGAACAAUUUGAAAAAUUAUGCCAAGAAAGUGCCAAGCAGGCACCCACGAAAGCUGAGAAAAUCAAGUUGUUGAAACCUAUUUCGGGGAGAUUGAGAGCCCAGUGGGAAAUGGGCAUUGUCCAAGCUGAGGAAGCUGCCAGCAUGUCAAUAGAGGAGCGGAAAGCCAAAUUUACCUUCCUUUAUGUGGGGGACCAAUUGCACCUCAACCCUCAAGUAGCUAAGGAGGCUGGCAUUGUUACAGAACCUUUGGGAGAAAUGGUGGACUCUUCAGGGGCCAGUGAAGAGGCUGCUGUAGACCCUGGGUCUGUGAGAGAAGAGGAUAUUCCCACGAAGAGAAGGCGAAGAACCAAAAGGUCUAGUUCUGCUGAGAACCAAGAAGGUGAUCCUGGCACAGACAAGAGUACACCUCCAAAGAUGGCAGAGGCUGAACCUAAGCGAGGAGUAGGCUCUCCUGCUGGGAGGAAAAAGUCCACAGGCUCUGCUCCUCGGAGCAGGAAGGGAGACUCAGCAGCCCAGUUUUUAGUCUUUUGUCAAAAACACAGAGAUGAGGUUGUAGCUGAACAUCCAGAUGCCUCAGGGGAAGAGAUUGAAGAAUUGCUUGGGUCCCAGUGGAGCAUGCUCAAUGAAAAGCAGAAAGCACGAUAUAAUACAAAGUUUUCCCUAAUGAUCUCUGCCCAGUCUGAAGAAGACUCUGGAAAUGGGAAUGGGAAAAAAAGAAGCCACACAAAGAGAGCAGAUGACCCUGCAGAGGAUGUGGAUGUUGAAGACGCGCCCAGGAAAAGACUUAGAGCAGAUAAGCACAGUCUUCGGAAGCAGAGAGAGACAAUCACCGACAAAACGGCCAGAACAAGCUCUUACAAGGCUAUAGAGGCAGCCUCCUCACUCAAGAGCCAGGCAGCAACGAAAAAUUUGUCUGAUGCUUGCAAACCACUGAAGAAGCGAAAUCGGGCUUCUGCAACAGCGUCUUCAGCACUUGGGUUUAACAAAAGUUCAUCUCCUUCUGCAUCCUUAACUGAGCAUGAGCUUUUAUGGGAGCCCACAUCAGUCAAGUUGGACUUGAACUCAGCCGCCCUGUACUGCACUUAGAAUGAUGUAAUACCCCAAGAUGUCUGCUGCAGGUGGUGCAUCAUCGUAUACACUAAGUGACAUUUCUAUCACAAUCAUUUUAUGGAAGAUGUGUGAUAAUCUGUUUUUACUGGUAUUAAUAAACACAUACAAUGAAGAAAACAGAUAACAAAUUUUAAGACCAAGGUAAGAUACUCAAUCAAGGCCAUUUAAUCAAUCACAUUCAUCUCAUAAUAGAAACACAUUCGUAUUCUAAUGAUCAAUCUAAAGUUCCCGUUGAGGAGGAGGCCCUUCAAUUGAGACUGUCCAGAGCUGUGACAAUGCACCAUAUUGAAGGGGUUAUCCUGUUAAUGCUCAUUUUUUCCUCUAAUUCAUAACUUACUGAAUUUUUAUGGAAAAUGUCAGCAUCUGUUCUAUCAGUAAGAAAGAGCAGGCAGGACACAUUAAAGGUUCUGUGUCAGCUAUUUUCAUUGCCAAUGAAAUGUAUUCAGUAUUGUAGAUACUAAACCAGUUUUCCCACAUGAAAGGCAGGAAGAGUUUUGAUUCUGUCCUUUUUUACUUGACAGUUUUACUAUGACACUAGACUCAGUAGAUUUUUAGGGAAAAAUAUGAUUAAUAGUAUCAUGGUGAACCAUUUAUUUAACUGUUGAUCUAGUCACCAAUACCUAGAAGACACCAUAAUCAGUUUAUUUACAACAACCACAUCAUCAGUUGCUUUUGUCGAACAUCAGCAUCAUGUUUUAAAUGUUGUGGUCCUGGAUGCCCAGCUGGGCUACCCAGGUGCCAGCAUGUUUGCAUGGGAGGAAAGGCUCCACUUGCCCUUAACUCAAGAAGCAGAGCUUGUGCUAUGCACGGGGUGUCUGAGCGGUGCCCAGGCCGUUCCACACAGACACCUCAGUGUUGGACCUGUGAUGAAAGUUUCUGAGAAAUACUUUUGUUCCAAACCAUUAAGUAAUGUACGCAUGUUAAACACGUAGAGUGCCUGGCACUGGCAAGGACUCAGUGGUCCACUAUUGUGACAGUAAUGGUUAUUACAAUAAAAAUAAUAAAAUCACCAUCAUUCUAUUUUUAACCAAAAGUAUACAUUUUACUUUGGCAUGAAAAAUGAUCCCCUUGACUGCAUCAUGCAUGUGCGGAAAAAAUAAAUCCAGAAGUAGCAGAACCCUAGCUCUGUUUGUGUGACAUAGUAGGGUAUUAGACUAUGAGGUUGUGGUCUGGUAAGUCACUCAGCUGGCUCUGUUCAAAUGCAUUGAGAGACAUGACCUCAGAAUACCUAGUGUGAACAUUCUAAGUUGUACUGUUCUUAACAGACAUGAAAGAUCUCAGGUAAAUAAAAAAAAUUUUAAAUAUAGAUCACAAAAUUAAAAAGUAUGUGAAGAAAUAUGAUGGUGUAGAAAUGUCCUGGGUUUAAGAAGUGAUUUCUCAAAAGUAAAGAUACUAUCCCAGAGGGUCGUGGGCAGAAAUGAAGGGAUUUCAUUUGAACUUAGAGCAUGAUGAAUUUGAGUGGGUGCACAGGAAGCAGCUAGCGGAUAGGAAGGCACUCUGCUCUGUGAUGGCAAGUGAAGACUUGAGAACUUAGGGUGAUGACCACCGAACAGCACAGCUAGUGCCUACUGAGUUCAGAGAGUGCAAGGGGACGAAGGUGGGGAUCCUGAAAUGUUCUUCAACUGGGGAAGACAGAGCUCACCUUCAGGCAGGAGCAGGGGCCUCAGCAUUCUGCAGUGAGUGUAGAGUGAAAGUCCUCCAUGUAGUAUUUUCCUGCCCCAGACCAGUCUUAUAGUAAAUAAGCAGAGUUCUGUGUCAGCUCAUGGCUGAUCUCUCCUCAAAGAGGUGAGUAGAAAAGAGAUUCUUGUUUAAAAGAGUCUAGCAAGAAGCAGUAGCUUGUCUGCUAAGAGUACAAAAAUUAUAUGACAAAUUUAUUAUGCUACAAAUUUAACAUGGAAUUCCUUCAUUUUCUAUAAAAAUGUCAAAAAAAAGCAAUGCUACCUCCAGCCUUAGGUCUUUUGAACUGCCCACUGUUGAGAUGAGUUUUUCUUUUGCCAUACAAAGUUAUUAUCAUAUGAUUCUAUUUGGCUUCCUUCAAACUAUUGUUUGUAUACUAUAUUUGCUUGGCAAGGGGAGGUAGCUUUCUGUAUAAGACUCUGAUUCUAAAGAGAUGAAGACUUGUGUGAAUGUACAAAGGUUUGCAUUGUAGCUGUUAGAACAGCACAGCAGGGAGUACACGAACUGAUAGAGACCUGUGCUCAGCAGCCAGGUUCUUCAGGUGCUUCUUAAUCAGCCCCUCUGCUCCAGAUGGACCUUUCCCUCCAUGUAGCUUUUCCUCAGAGUCGAUGAGAAGUGAAUGUUGUCUUUGGUCACAAUGCCUUUAAGUGUAGUUGUAGCUCAGAACUUUUUUUUUAGUAUUCAUAUCUAUUUACAUCUGUGUUUCCCAACAGAAGACAACUUCAGUAUUUUUAAGAGGAUAUCCUGAAAACCAACACGAAAGCUAAUCAUGACAAGGAAGUAAAACAUAGGAUCUGAGAGGAGAGGGUCCUUGCUCCAUGCAUGAGGACAUCCAUCCCACCCACUGCCUCUGAAGAGCUGUAGAGCAACCUGCUUUUGGCAUGGGUGGAUGGAUUUUUAAGUUGGUUUCCCAGUCAAGUUAUAUUUAAUUAAGGGACUAGUUGAGAUAGUUCAUGCAAAAGCACCAGAAAACUUAAAACAGGGUUCUCUGGGGCUGGAAGCCAGAUUAGGGACAGGGCCUUUUCAUUAAUGAGAGAACAUGUCACAAGGAAAGCAAGAGAUAAAAACCAACAAAACCUAACCUGGUGACCACAUGUCUGUGACUCCAUGUACUCAUCCCAAGGUUGUAUCUGGAGCCUGUGGGCUGGCUAGAUGAUAUAGGUGACUGGCACCUAUUAAGAGUAUAUAACAUAAAUACCAUAAAAAGGAGGAAAUAAAGAUAAGUAAACAUCUCAUUUCUCAAAAAAAAAAAAUGAUGCCUGUGUUUAUGUACAAUUUAAAUGAUUACAGAGUGCUCCUGCCCAAGGAUCUCAUAGCCUGGAGUGAGGGUCAGAACUGAUUUGUUCUGUCUAUGUUUCAGCACUGGUGUGUGUUCUCUAUAAGCUCCUGGCCCACUUGGCUUCACUUGAGCAGAAUGACUUGACUGAGUGGUUCUUUGUUGGCCUCAGUUGCUUUAUGUGGGCAUGAGAUGUCCCGUGAGGUCAUAGCUCCUUCUUUAGGAACUGCCUGUCCAUGAGAUGUCCCGUGAGGUCAUAGCUCCCUCUUUAGGGACUGUCUGUCCAGUGACAGAUUAGCCAUAGAGUCAUGACACUUAGUAAGUUUGCUUCCUUUCUCUGUCAUUUGAUCCUAAGGUAACAUAUGUCUCACAUGUAUUCAGACAUACAGGAUGCUAAUCCACCUUGCAUCCUGCUGUCCAGGUGGACUUCUGUUAGGGACCCAAGGGCCCUUUGGUGUGUAGUGUACAGCACCUUAUUUUAGCAUCAAUAAAUCCAUUAUCCAGUUUUUGAAAAAUCAACUCCAAGGACUGGGUUUAUCUUUCAGUUGACAAAAAUCCAAGUUGUCUUUUGCUAGAAUAAAGCAGAAGGGCUUUCCUAACAUGCUUUAGAGCUUUUAUUGCUUCUUACUGAUACUGACUUAGAAAGCUUUCUGGGUUUUGUAUUUGUUUUAAGAAACAUUGGUUCCUAUGUAUUUUAGCAUUUUUGGUGAUUUCAAUUGACUUUGUUUCUUUUAGGUACUGUUUUUAUUGUUUUACUUAGAAUAUUAGGAUUUUUUUUCACUAAUUUUUCUGCCAGUGAAGGAAAAUGGUCAUCCUUAGUACACAGAAAAGUAUGUUUUCACUUUUCCUUGUUCGGGAAUGAUAAGGGCAAUGCUUUUUGAGGUUUAACUAACAAGGAUUUACUUCCAGUAACCUGACAUAUCUCAUCUUGUCAGAGCCCUAUGUGCUAUAUCCACAUUUAUAUAUAUUUUUUCUAGCCUAUGUAGUUGUUCAGCUUUUAACAAAUAACUCUGGCAGUAUUUUAAACAUGCUAGCAUUUCAGGGGUAUUCUACUUAAAAACAAAACAAAACUGGGAUCAGAUGGCAUCCUAGUUUUGGUACCGGGGCAUUGCCAGUCACCUGAGCUAAGGAAGCAGGCAGGCUGGUGGUUCUUCUGUUCUCAAGCCUUUCAGGUGAGGACACAUGGCCUGGUGAUGCAGCUGGCUGGACCAGGCUCCCCCACAGCCUACUCCCAAGGGCUGGCUGCUUCUGAGGACACAACUGGGACAUGGUUGAGUCAGUAGACUAUUUAGAGACUCAUGUAACUUGGGGUAUGGGCAUGCCUUUAUGGGAGCAGCCACUCUCUGACUAAGUGGCCACUGCUCUCACUUAGACUUUGCUGUCCUCUAUGCUAACUAUGUAGAAGCUGGCUUUAGAUUAAAUGACUAUGAAGCACAAUGACAUUCUGUGGACUAAAAGUUUUUUUGUAUUUUGAUUUUUUUCCCCCCUUUUUCAUGUCCUCAGUAACUCAUACCUGGCUUUGAAUUAGGAGUGGCUAGGAGGGUUCUAGUCUGUGCAAACAUUAAUAAAAAUUAUUUUGAAUUUUAGGAUUUUAAAAUGGUUGAAUUAAUUUAAAAUUGUCUUAAUUCUACUCUUAAUACUUCACUGUGAUGUUAACUUGGAAGACCUGCUGAAGAUUAGUCUUUUAAUUUUAGACCAUUAUAUCUGCUGAGCACAGGAUUCUUAUCAUUUGUAAAUCUAAAACCGUCUGUGAACGCAUUUCUAUGCUUCUUCCUUUAUGAAAGCAUAACUUAAAACAUGAAAAUAAUGUUGGUUAUAGAAAUAUUUACUGUUCAAGGUCUGUAAUUGUAUUUUAAAAUGAUGUAGUAUUCAACUUGUGAAGGGAUUUGUUUUGUCAAAAAAAAAAAAAAAUUAAAACUCAAUGUGUAUCAGCCCACAGAAGGGCAGGGGUCUGCUUUGUGGCCACAGUAGGGUAAACCCCAGUUGCAUUUAUCGAGCCUUUCUGAUGGCCACAUAGCUCCUGGCAGUGGGUUGGAAGAUUUCUACUGGGUCACAUGAUGUCUGGUAAUGCCAUCUUGAACUCCCUGUAAUAGUUGGAGACUGCACUUCCUGUCCCUAAAGGAAUGUGCGUCUAUGGCAGGUAGGCAACUCGGUCCUAUCACAUACCAAGUAGUGAGUGGAGAAAGUAUUUUCAGAUUCAAGAAAACUUUGGAAAGUCAGGAACUAAGCUGCUUGGAAAUCAGUGCCACAAGCAUGACCUUGGUGGACACAGGAAGCCACAGGAAAAUUCUUGACAGUCUGUGUCCCAUCAGUCACUGCAUUUUUCUUUUUCCAAAUACAUCCUGUUGGAUACUGAAUAGAUCAUAGAUAUUGUAGACUGAGAUCUGGGACUGUGUUGGGACCAUUCAGGUGAUAUGUCACUUCCACAAAUGGCAUCUCCAAGUAAGCUGUCACCUGGUACACAUGGAGGUGGAGCCUGCAGCUGGAGUGAGGCGCACACUUGACUCUACUUGCAGGUGGUUUGCUGAGCAGAGAGCUGAGGGACCCUCUUGACUGGGUAGGGGUCUUGUCCAUUUGUGGGGGAGGAUGUGGUGAAGGUGGACCUUCUACAAUCUGUCAUGAACUGUGAUAUUGUAAGGUCUAUAUUCUGUAUGUGGAUAACAGACCCAAUCAGGAAACGAGCCUUAUGUGUGUCGUUAACAUUUAUAUUUUCAUUCAAAAUAUGUAUUCAGUGUUUAUUUCCUUAAACAGACUUUGUUAAUUUAGGAAAUAUCUCCAAGUGGAAACGUGCUAACUUUCUGUAAAUCUUAAAUAAAAGGUGCUGUUCCUUCCUCUGACCCAGGA